AUGCCCAAAUUAGAGACCUUAUUGUAAUUUUUGCUUGCCUCACCAUGGUCAACAUCUCAAUAAGUUAACAUCUUAGGAACUGUUAUAUGGUUGGAUUAAUGA